AGCCAUUUAGCGCUGUUGGCGAUGCUUCCUGAAGGCAGCCAAGCUCACAACCAUGUCCAGCGUAUCCUAAAUAAUGUGGCUGGUCUUGGUGGUGGUCCUGCAGUAAAUGAGCAUGCAAACAAUGGGCAUGAGACUGAACUAGCAGCUACUGCAACCCCAAGCACAAGUGCAGCACCCGUAAGUACACCGACCCGUGGUCAUCGUGCUACUACAAGCCCAAGCACAAGCGUAGCUAGGGGUCGUCUUCGGCCUGCUACAGCAACCCCAAGCACAAGUGCAGUCAGGGGCCGUGGUCGGCGUGCAACAACCCCUCGGGUUGUAACUAGUCUUGAGAUGCCUCCACCCAUCCCGCAGGCAUCUCCUCAGCCUGAGGUCCCUUCACCCAUCCCAUAUGCAUCUCCUCAGCCCGAGGUCCCUUCACCCAGCCCACCUUCGCAGCCCAAUUUCGAUGUCAGUAUUGACCAAAUUGUGACCCCUCCUAUACUCCUCGAGACACCCUCAUACCCACACACCAGCUCUAGUGCACCCACUCCUGGCCUCUACAUAGAGCAGGAUUACCCACCUACCGCAUCCUCAUCUGACCCUCUAGGACCUCCGGUUGGGAUUGACACUUUACAGCCACAUACUGAUGUACCGGACAAGCAUCCCCCUCAUCAGCCCUCACUCCCACGAGGUAGACCGCAACGCAAUAGAAGAGCACCCACUUGUGGGACAGGUGGACACAAAAUAGGACACCGAGGCAGCUCUAUGCACGAUGAUGACCCUAAGGUUGAUGCCCCGUAGCCUCCUCCCCCGCCCAAACAUUACACGAGGGCUAAAAAACACAAAAUUGGUGAACCUUGAUUAUAGACUGCCACAAAACUGAAAAAGAUUCUUCAAGAUUCAAAGGAAACUGUGGUGGAAUCUGAUGUAAGGGGUAAAAUGCAGCCACUG